CACAAAAAUCCUCUAAUUUUCGACUCCCUUUUCGGUUUAGCCGCACUGCUCGCUAUACGCGCCUCCAUCGUCCUCUUCUUUGACACAUAGGGUUUCUAGGGUUUUCAGAGCCUUUAUGCACGGUUGUUCCAAGCCUUUUUAUGGUUUGCGGAGCUGGAUUCGCUGUCGUACCUCAGAAGAAUAUCCAUGCGCCGCUGGUUCAGUGGUUUCGUUGAUUAGGGAAGGUCUCUCUCUAUCUAUCUCUGCACUGGACCACAACAAGCUCUGAUUUUUCAUCACCAAGCAGAGAAGCUAGGGCUAGGGUUUCAUUCCUUGAUUUUUGGUAUGAGUUUUCGGUGUAUAUCGUUUCCCAAUAAGACUCGAUUAGGGCAAGGUUGAUUGUUAUUGGACUUCAUUUCUGGUAUUUUUGGGAGGGUUGGGGUUGGAUUUGAAUGGCAUUGGGAGAUUUGAUGGCGUCUCGAUUUUCUCAAUCGUCAGUUGCGGUUUCGAAUCACUUGGAUGAGUGUUCGAACCAUGAAGACGGGGAUUUUGUUGGCCACAGAAGGGAUAGGGACUCUGAGACGGCAAGUAGCAGUUAUGGCAAUGUCACCACAACAACAACAGCGACGAGCAUGGCAUAUUUACCGCAGACGAUUGUAUUGUGUGAUCUUCGACAUGAAGCAUUCGAGGCUUGUGUUCCUUCUGGCCCGUCUGAUAGUGGCUUGGUCUCAAAAUGGCGGCCCAAGGACCGAAUGAAGACAGGAUGUGUUGCUCUCGUUUUAUGUUUAAACAUUAGCGUUGAUCCACCCGAUGUGAUUAAGAUAUCUCCUUGUGCCAGAAUGGAGUGCUGGAUAGAUCCAUUCUCUAUGGCACCUCAAAAAGCUCUUGAAACCAUUGGGAAAACCUUGAGUCUUCAGUAUGAGAGGUGGCAACCAAAGGCUCGCUACAAGAUCCAGUUAGAUCCUACCGUGGAUGAAGUGAAGAAACUUUGCACUACAUGUCGCAAAUAUGCCAAGUCUGAGAGAGUUCUGUUUCACUACAAUGGACACGGUGUGCCAAAGCCAACUCCCAACGGUGAAAUUUGGCUGUUUAAUAAGGUUCCAUUACUGAGUUAUACACAAUAUAUCCCUUUGCCGAUCAGCGAACUUGAUUCCUGGUUGAAGACACCAUCAAUAUACGUUUUUGAUUGCUCUGCUGCUGGAAUGGUUGUCAAUGCCUUCAUAGAGCUCCAGGAAUUGAGUAUGUCGAACUCCUCUGGACCCUCCUUGCGGGAUUGCAUUCUGCUUGCUGCUUGUGAAGCACAUGAAACUCUUCCGCAGAGUGAUGAAUUUCCUGCUGAUGUGUUUACGUCCUGCCUUACCACACCCAUUAAGAUGGCAUUGAGAUGGUUCUGCACUCGCUCAUUACUGCGUGAAGCUUUUGAUUAUUCACUUAUAGACAAAAUUCCUGGCCGCCAAAAUGAUCGGAAAACACUUUUAGGGGAACUUAACUGGAUUUUUACUGCGGUGACUGACACAAUUGCCUGGAAUGUUCUCCCACACGAUCUUUUUCAGAGAUUGUUCAGACAAGAUCUAUUAGUUGCAAGCCUUUUCCGCAAUUUUUUACUUGCUGAGAGAAUAAUGCGUUCUGCAAAUUGUUCUCCAUUGUCAUAUCCUCUGUUGCCUCCUACCCAUCAACAUCAUAUGUGGGACGCAUGGGACAUGGCUGCUGAAAUCUGCCUUUCUCAGCUUCCGACACUGGUCGAGGAUCGUAAUGCAGAAUUCCAGCCAAGUCCUUUUUUCACAGAACAAUUGACGGCUUUUGAGGUGUGGCUUGAUCAUGGUUCUGAGAAGAAGAAACCACCAGAGCAGUUACCAAUUGUUCUUCAGGUUUUACUUAGUCAAUGCCAUCGAUUUCGUGCUCUGGUGCUUCUUGGAAGAUUCCUUGAUAUGGGCCCUUGGGCUGUAGAUCUGGCAUUGUCUGUAGGAAUAUUUCCAUAUGUUCUAAAGCUGUUGCAAACAACUACUCCAGAACUACGCCAAAUUCUUGUAUUUAUAUGGACGAAGAUCCUCGCACUUGAUAAGUCGUGCCAGGUUGAUCUGGUUAAGGAUGGUGGGCACACAUAUUUUAUUAGGUUUCUUGAUAGUGUGGAAGCAUAUCCAGAACAGCGUGCAAUGGCAGCAUUUGUUUUGGCAGUGAUAGUAGAUGGACAUAGACGGGGUCAAGAAGCCUGUAUUGAAGCUGGUUUGAUUCAUGUGUGCUUGAAGCAGCUUCAGGGUUCAACUUCAACUGAUGCACCAACUGAACCACUAUUUCUUCAGUGGCUUUGCCUCUGUCUUGGAAAGCUGUGGGAGGAUUUCACGGAGGCGCAAAUAAUAGGUCUGCAGGCAGAUGCCCCUGAUAUAUAUGCACCUCUUCUUUCUGAACAUCAACCUGAGGUUAGAGCUUCUGCUGUUUUUGCACUGGGCACCCUGCUUGACGUUGGGUUUGACUCAUCUAGAGAUGGUGUUGGAGGAGAUGUAGAAUUUGAUGAUGAUGAAAAAGUUAGGGCUGAAAUUAGUAUUGUCAAGAGCCUUUUAAAUGUUGUUUCAGAUGGAAGUCCUCUGGUUCGUGCAGAGGUUGCUGUAGCUCUUGCUCGCUUUGCCUUUGGCCACAAUAAGCACCUGAAGUCAAUUGCUGCUGCAUAUUGGAAACCUCAGCCUAACUCUGUGCUGGGUUCCUUUCCUUCUCUGGCUAUCAAGGGUACAGGUAGUGGUUAUUCUACUCCAAACCAUUACAUGCCGCAUGGAAGCAUUAUUCCUCCCCAAAUUCGUGAUGGGAAGGCCUCCACCAGCAGCCCCCUUGCUACUUCUGGAGUAAUGCAUGGAUCUCCAUUGUCUGAUGAUUCUUCUCAACAUUCUGACUCUGGCAUAUUGAAUGACUCUGUGAGUAAUGGGGAUGUUAACCACACAAGGCCAAGACCCCUAGACAAUGCAUUGUAUUCACAAUGUGUGUUGGCUAUGUGUACACUAGCCAAGGAUCCAUCACCACGCAUUGCAAGCCUUGGCCGGCGAGUACUCUCCAUUAUUGGGAUUGAGCAAGUGGUGACAAAGUCUGUCAAGUCCACUGGCAGCAGUGUUCGGGCAGGUGAACCCACAGCAACUGCAACCCCUAGCUUUACUGGACUAGCUCGUUCAUCUUCUUGGUUUGACAUGAAUGCAGGACAUUUGCCCCUGACAUUUAGAACCCCUCCAGUUAGUCCUCCUCGAUCAAGUUACUUAACAGGAAUGCGAAGAGUUUGUUCCUUAGAAUUCCGGCCGCAUAUAAUGAGUUCUCCUGACACGGGAUUAGCCGAUCCGCUUAUUGGUUGUGGUGGAUCUUCUGUGGUCUCAGAGCGCAGUUUUCUUCCACAAUCAAUAAUCUACAAUUGGAGUUAUGGUCACUUCUCAAAGCCACUUCUUACCCCAGCAGAUGAUAGUGAAGAAAUAAUAGCUAGAAAAGAAGAGAGGGAAAAUAUUGCCGUUGACCAUAUAGCAAAAUGCCAGCAUUUUUCUGUAAACAAACUACAUAAUCAAAUUGCAAGUUGUUAUACAAAAUUUGAGACAGCUACGAAAACAGCGUUACUGCUGCCUUUCUCUCCGGCUGUAAUUACUGCAGAUGAGAGUGAACGAAUAAGGGUAUGGAAUUAUGAGGAGCCUUCCAUACUGAACAGUUUUGACAAUCAUGAUUAUCCUGACAAAGGAAUUUCAAAGCUCUGCCUUGUGAAUGAACUUGAUGAUAGCUUGCUUCUUGUCGCUUCAAGUGAUGGAAAUAUCCGAAUUUGGAAAGAUUACUCCAUAAAGGGUAAACAGAAACUUGUAACUGCUUUCUCUUCAAUCCAAGGUCAUAGACCUGGUGUGCGAAGUGUGAAUGCUGUUGUGGAUUGGCAGCAGCAGUCUGGAUAUCUGUAUGCUUCUGGUGAAAUAUCUUCCAUUAUGGCUUGGGAUUUGGAUAAAGAGCAGCUUGUGCAUUCUAUUCAGUCAACACCAGAUUGCAGCAUCUCAGCAUUGUCUGCUUCUCAAGUUCAUGGGGGUCAAUUUGCUGCUGGUUUUGUGGAUGGUUCCGUCAGACUAUUCGACAUUCGAACACCUGAAAUGCUUGUUUGUGCAACACGGCCGCACACCCAAAGAAUAGAAAGAGUUGUGGGGAUUGGCUUUCAACCCGGACUUGAUCGUGCAAAGUUUGUCAGUGCAUCUCAGGCUGGUGACAUUCAGUUCCUUGACAUCAGACAGGUAAAGGAUACAUACCUCACAAUUGAGGCUCACAGAGGCUCGCUUACAGCUUUAGCUGUUCAUCGGCAUGCGCCCAUUAUUGCCAGUGGCUCAGCCAAACAGCUCAUCAAAGUCUUCAAUUUGGAGGGUGAACAGUUGGGCUCGAUCCGAUACUACCCUACCUUCAUGGCCCAGAAGAUAGGACCUGUAAGCUGCCUCACCUUCCAUCCAUAUCAAGUACUGCUUGCUGCUGGUGCUGAAGAUGCUUGCGUCUCUAUUUAUGCUGAUGAAAUCUCUCCAGCAAGAUGAAUACAGAUCAUUCAUACCUCCUUCCUCAGAAGGCCAUCUUAUUGGGAGGUAGCACAGGUGCUUUUAUCAAUGCCAUCAAUGUGGCAUUGUGGGUGCUAAUGGAUCAUCGGGUUUUAAUCAUUCUGCUGCCCGCGUUCGUCCUUGCAGUUGAUGUUUCUGGAGAUAUAGGUUGGGCCACUGUUGAAAUUGUAUGCUAUCUAAUUCAUUAGCCUCCAGCAUAGAAAGUCGCUCAGGUUGGGAAAACCAGCAAAUUCCUUGGGAGGCUUCGGCAAAUAAUCUUGUGGUGUAUAGGUGAAUAUGGUGUAAAUAGUCUGCUUUUUUCUGCCCUCUUGGUUUUGGCGUGUUCUUUUCCCCUUUUUUUUUCUUUUCUUUUCUCUUUUUUUCUUUGCUUCUUUCUUUCCCACCCCCUCCAAUUUGUAAAAGCAUCAAAUCUAUUAUUAUUAUAAUAAGUAUUGCUGACAGGCAGUGUUGUGAUUCA